AUGCUGCUGAAAAGUUGCCUGGUGUCACGCGGAUUUUCACUCCCCGGAAAAGGCGGUCCCGACUCUGGGGAGCUGAAAGGGUUCACGGCGCUGCCUCCGGGAGCCCUGAUGCCCCUUGUCCUCCUGCUCCUGCUGCCGCUGCUGGUGUGCACGUGGACGGCUCGGCCCGAUGUUCACUCCCUUUCUUACAAUUUCACCGUCAUGUUUAAGUCACCACCUGGACGACAGUGGUGUGAAGUUCAGGGCUAUGUGGAUGAACAUACUUUUCUUCACUACAACUGUGGCAGCAAAAAAGUCAUGAACUUGACUCCUCUGGGGGCGAGAGUGAUUUCCAUGAAAGAAUGGGAAGAACAAACCCAAACUCUGAAAGAUGUGGGGGAAGAGCUCAAACAGCAAAUACCUAACAUUGAACUGGAGAAUUACACAACCAGGGCUCCUCUCACCCUGCAGGCCAAGAUGUAUUGUCAGCGUGACUCAGGUGAACACACCAAAGGAUUCUGGGAGUUUGGUUUUGACAGCCAGCUAUUCCUCCUCUUCAACUCGGAGAACAUGAAGUGGACAGAGAUCCAUCCUGGAGCCCGAUUGGUGAGAGCGAUGUGGAAGAAGAACAGGGAUCUGAACAAGUUCCUCAAGAGAACCUCAGAGGGAGACUGCAACAGAUGGCUUAAGGAGUUUUGGGGCCAUUGGGAGAAAAUGCUGGAGCCAAGAACACAAUUCACCACGGCCCCAGCCUCAGCCCAACCCACGACCGCAGGCGCAGUGAACCCCUGGAUCCUCCUCAUGAUGCUCACCUGCUUGAUCCUACUUUGCAUCCAAUGCUGA